AUGAAUCAAUUUUUGGUAACUUAUAUCUUGGAAAACACAUUUGGAUCGAUUUUUACAAAUUUUAUCUUCACAAUUACUGUAAUUGCAAUCGUUAUUUUCUCAUUUUUUCUAUCAUAUUUGACUCAUUUCUCGGAAAAUGUUGAGUUUUAUGACAUUGCAAGUAUGGAACUUAUGAUAAUUAUUGAUCUGAUAAGUCUUAUUCUUCUCAUUUACACUUCUCGACUAUCAAAAAUCAAAUAUAAUCUAAAAAUUGGCCUAGUUUCUCUCGAAAAGAAGUUUCAAUUAUCACAAGUUUAUACAUGGUCGAGAAGUGUUCUUCCAAGUUUUGUUUUUGCAAAAAUAUUCCGAUUUGUUUCGUUGUUCAAUGUGAUUGUAAUCAAAUAUUUAUUCAAAUUGGUUUCCGCGCAAACUAUUUCGAUUGCUUAUUCAAUUUUCAACGUUGGACUUGACAUUUUCAUAAUUUCGCUGACAAUAAGUGCAAUUUAUCGACAGAAAAAACUUCGAAAGGGAUUAUUUUUUUGGAGUCACAACUCGAAAACCACAAACUAUUGA